AUGUCCCAACUUCAACAAUUGCAACAAUUCCAAGCACUUCAACAAUUCAUGCAACGCAACUCGGUUCAACUUGAUCAAUUCCAAUCGCAACCGCCAACUUCGCAACCGCAACCCUCGAUUCAACUUGACGAUGAUGAUGAUGAAGUCGUCCCCGAAUCGCCACCUAAAGAACUCAACCGAAAAAAAAACAGGGGGAAGGGGAAGGCCGUUGAAACCCAAUCCGACACCGCAAAAAAAAAAGCGGUUCGAGAGCAAAGGCGAGAACGGAACAAUCAAACGGGUUCUGGUUUUUGGUCGGCAUGUACGGAUAGAUUUAAUAACCUUAUGGGGGAAGGCCCCUACCGUGAUCUCGAAUCCGUAUCGGGCAAGUGGCGGAAAAUGAACAAGUGCGUGAAUGAUUUUAUCGGGAUUUAUAACCCACUUUACAUCAAUCGUCCUAGUGGGAGUAGCGACGAGGACGUUCUUAACCUUACGAUGGCUAGAUGGGAAACAAAAAAUCCGUCUUUCCCGCACCUCCGAGCAUGGAACAUUUUAAAGAAAGAACCUAAAUGGGCGCCGAUUCCAAAUGAGGUCGCAACCGCCAAACGGACUAAAACUUCCGAGUCCGGAAGUUAUAGUGCGGGAGGCUCCACUGCUCGUUGUCAAAUCGACAUAAACGACGAACCGGAAUAUGAGGAGGAGCCCGUUCACGGGAUCGAAUGUCCCGGAUGA